UCCUUCUAGUUCCAUGUCUGAAAACCAAAAAUACUGGUUUUCUUUCUACUCACACUCGCUCUCAAUUUCAGUCUUUAGUUUUGGGCUGUUGUAGAGGUCAGUCAGCUUCUUCAAUUUUUGUUUUGUUUUUGUUUUUGGUUUUCUUUUUUCUUGUUGAUAUUAAUUAUUUGAGUUUUGGGUUUGAAUUUAUUUCGGGCGUUUGGUCAAUGAGCAUCUUCAAUUUUUGUUUCUGUUUGCUGAUAUAAAUAUUCUGAGUUUUUGGUUUUAAUUCCUUUCGAGAAAUUGAAUCUUUAGGCAGUUUGUGAGCUUCUUUAAUUUUUUUUUUGUUUUUUUUUUUUUUGGGGGGAAUGUUGAUGUAUAAUAAAACAGUUUAAUUUUUCAGUUAUAAUUUAUUUUUGGAUAUUUCGUCUUAGAGCUGUUGUUCUUGCUGGAUUUUGGUUUCUCAAUUUGAAAUUUCUACUGGAUAUUUUCAUUUCUGAGUUUGUGCACUGGAAAUUUCUUCAAAAUCCCAUUUCAUACGCUCAUUCUGAAACAGAGCCCAUUUCUUUUUCCAUUUUAUAGGUUGAUUCCCUUUAUAUAUGUAGGUUUCUAUGUAUGUUGACUUCAUUUUACAAAUCUAUUAAUGCAACGGACCAAUUCUAUGCAUUUCAAAAAGAGAGCUCUUCAAUUUUGCAGAAAAUAUUUAAGUGGUUCUGUUUAUACACUUUCUUUCGUUGGCCUCUAAGAAAAUCCUGGAGAAUCAUUUUGAUAACUUUAUCAUAACCUGUGUGAUUGAUUGAGUUUGCUUCCAACAGUAAAAUGUGUUAUAUCCAUGUAGACAGUUUGAUAAAGAAGUAGACAAUCUUCUCAGGAUUUUAUAACCAUGGCUACAAAAAGAGUGAAGAGAAACUGUGGAGAAAAAAAGGUACAAAAUGAGCCCGACAUCAUGGCCGAAGACCGCAUAUCACAAUUACCUGAUUCUCUCAUACAUUAUAUUUUCUCAUUCCUUCCUACCAUUCAUCUUGUUAGAAUGAGUCGUGUUUCAAGGCGUUGGAGACGGAUGUGGGUUUCCACUCCCUUUUUAUAUUUUGAUUGUCAAUUCAAUGAUGUUACUUUCACCAAGCAGGUAAAUAGAUUAAGUAUGUUCCUAAAAUUUUUGGGAAACUGUUUGAGAUGUCGAAAGCUAUACAUGCAACCAGAUACAUUCAUAACAAGUUUGAAGCUUCACACGUACUAUAAACUUGGACGCUAUGCUGCUCAACGUGUAGAUAAUUGGGUGAGGUUUUCCAUUCAAAGUAAAGUGAAGGAGUUAGAUCUUCAAGUGCGAGGGUACUGUACUCCUCCGUUUGUUUAUACUGCAAGUUCAUUGAUGCAACUGAAGGUUCAUAUGGGGUCUGAGGUCGCUUCACUUUCAACCUCAAGUUCAUUAACUCAUCUUGAGUUAAGAGGUUUGAAGCUGGAGGUUCGUUUUCUUUCAAAGUUUCCCUCUUUGAAAGUUCUUUCUUUGAUCUCUGUGGAAUCUAAUUAUGAGUCAUUUCAAAAUCUUAUCUCUGGAUGUCCUAUUAUUCAGGAUUUGCAUUUACUAGACCCAAAGGAAAUUCAUCCUAUGCAUGGAUAUCUAUGUAGGUUGGAUAUAAGCAACAUAGAUUUUCCUGCUAAAACACUUAAAACUCUCUCAUUAUUUUCUGUGACGUGUGCUGAUCAGCGGCUGGAAUGUUUAAUUUCUGGGCUUCCCCUGCUUGAGAGAUUAACUUUAAUUUGUUUUUAUGGAGUAAAUAUUAGUAUCCUUAGUCAUAGCCUGAAAUAUUUAUCCUUUGAUCCAUUUGGGGAUAACACAAAGGCCAAGUUUGUAACACCAAAUUUAGUUUACUUAUAUUUGAGGUGUCGUGUCUCGUGGAUCAUUUCCAUUGAGGCUCCCAACCUUUUCCAAGGCGAUUUGAGUCUUUCAGAUGGUGGCUAUAAAUCAGCUUCAUAUUUUGAUCUUGUACAUUUUCUUGCAAAUCUCAACGGCUUGAAGAAGAUGAAGCUGUCUAUCGUCUGGGAUGAGGAUAUGAUUUUUCCAGAAGAUAUAAGAAAUACAUCAUCUCCUCCCUUGCCUAAUUUGAAGCAUCUUGAAGCUUCCUUGUACGACAAGCACAAGAAAAAUUCAGAACUGCACGAAUUUUUGGUUUGGUGCGCACCUUCUGUAGAGACUGUCAAAAUAAAUGGUGAAUCUUAUUGCAAGUAUUAAGGUCUUUCUAAAAGCUGACUUUUAUACUUAAAACUACAUUUGUAAAGGUUUAAUUUUGGAGCUCACUUAUGCACGAUUGUUUCAUGUUCAUAGGUAAUUUCAGUUAGGGUUAAAUACAUUUACUACCUUCUAGUUUGGCUCAGUUUCAUUCAA